AUGCUGUGGCGUGAAUAUGUCACUAUAUUAAUUCUUUUAUUGCAUGUAAUUAAAACAGGUAAAUUAAGCGGAUUGGGUUAUGUAACACAGAUUAUAACAAAAAUUCUUAAAAAUCGUAAGGCUGAUAAAUUAAAACUAAAGGAUUCAAAUAUAGGUUUAUUUGAUAUGGCAAUGAUAAAUGGAACUUCAUUUGAUAUUUGGAUGUCUCAACUUGAACGAACAAAAGCAUCGAUUAAUAAUUAG